AUGAUGGUUUUCAGCUGGUAACUUCCUGGAGGACUUAGAGAUAGCGCAUAUCCACACUUAGACAAGGUGCAUGGUAGAAAAUAUGAUAAGGUUAAAGAGAAGUACACUGAUGUUUCUUGUGAUAUUUGGAGCUUUCCCAGUUCUUACUCUAGUAUAUCUAGCUAUAAAUACUGAUGGCACAGUAAGUGAGUUCAGUUCAGAGGAAGGUUUAGGAAGACUGGAAGCUAAAUUAGCUAGUAAGAUUAGAGAGUUGGAAAAACAGAACCAAUACCUGCAAAAGAAACUUAGCAAGUCUAGAAAUCAGUAUUUAAACAUGCAGAUGGCAGUGGCAUUACAAAACGAGUCUAAUACAAAAUCUAACAGAACAAGAUUAGAUUGUUUUAAUCAGCAGUCUGAUAUGCCCAAGUGUGAGGUUAUUCAUGUAGCAACAGUUUGUGCGGGACAUAAUGCAACUAGAGAUAUUGUCACGUUACUGAAGAGUGUGCUUUUCUAUCGGAAAAACCCGCUGCAUUUUCAUUUCAUUGUGGACAAAGCUGCUCAAAUUAUUUUAGAUGCACUGUUUAAAACCUGGCAUUUAAACGAGAUGGAGUGGAGUUUUUAUCCAGCAGCCAAUGUAACACAAGAUAUUGAAUGGAUUCCUAAUAAACACUACUCUGGGAUAUUUGGUCUAAUGAAACUUGUACUGCCAAAGAUACUUCCAGAACAUCUACAGAAAGUGAUAGUGCUGGACACAGAUAUCACUUUUGCCUCUGAUAUUGCCGAGUUGUGGAAACUAUUUACAGUGCUAGCAAAAGAGGCUCUUGGACUUGUAGAGAACCAGAGUGACUGGUACCUGGGUAAAAUCUGGAAAAAUCAUCAAGUGUGGCCAGCACUAGGUCGAGGAUUCAACACUGGUGUUAUGUUAAUGAACUUGAAGAUGUUACGUGACAUUGAUUGGAUGACAAUGUGGAGACAAGUUGCAGAGAAAGAACUGAUGACUAUGUUAGCUACCUCACUGGCUGACCAGGAUAUUAUAAACACAGUAUUAAAGAAGAAUCCUCAUCUAGUGAAGACGUUACCAUGUCAGUGGAAUGUUCAGUUAAGUGAUAAUACAAGAAGUGAACAUUGUUAUUCUGAAGUCACAGAUUUAAAGAUAAUUCACUGGAAUUCACCAAAGAAGUUGAAGGUAAAGAACAAACAUAUAGAGUAUUUCCGAAACUUAUACCUGACUUUCCUGGAAUACGAUGGUAACUUAUUACGAAGGGAAUUGUUCGGUUGUGGAACUACAAACUCUAUGGAUCCUGUACAGGAACAGAUCAGUAAAAUACAUGAGGAUGAUGAAUGCUAUGAUUUUAGAAGAGAGCGAGUUAUAGAGCAUAGAACACAUCUGUAUUAUCUAGAUUAUCAAUAUAAACCUGACGAGUGGGACGUUACCCUAGUUGCUCAACUUAGCAUGGACAGGCUUCAGAUGUUGGAGACAAUAUGUAAACACUGGGAGGGGCCCAUCAGCCUGGCACUAUAUAUGUCAGAUGCCGAGGCACAACAGUUCUUACGCUAUGCACGGGGCUCAGAAACAUUGAUGAAGAGGAAGAACAUCGGAUACCAUGUAGUAUAUAAAGAUGGGCAAUACUAUCCAGUAAACUAUCUACGUAAUGUUGCCAUUGAACAAACGCAGUCAGAGUUUAUGUUUUUAUCAGACAUAGAUUUUCUACCAAUGUAUGGAUUAUACGAGUAUUUAAAGAAAGCAGUAAAUAUGGCAGAUAUGAGGAACCAGAAAAAAGCCCUCAUUGUACCAGCAUUUGAAACCCAGAGAUACAGGUUUUCGUUUCCAACAACUAAAGUAGAACUUCUUGGCUUAUUAGAUUCAGGAGAAUUGUUUACUUUCAGAUAUCAUGUUUGGGCAAAAGGACAUGCAGCGACUGAUUAUGAGAAAUGGAGAAAUGCCACAGAACCAUACACGGUGAAAUGGGAGCAAGAUUUUGAGCCGUAUGUUGCAGUCAGCAAGAAUAUACCUCACUUUGAUCAACGUUUUGUAGGCUUUGGCUGGAACAAAGUCUCUCAUAUUAUGCAACUUGAUGCUGAGGGAUAUGAGUACGUAGUUUUACCAAAUGCCUUCAUGAUACAUAUGCCUCAUGCUCCAAGCUUUGAUAUAGCUAAAUUCAGGUCUAGUUCAUUAUAUAGAAGGUGCUUAAAGACAUUGAAAGCUGAAUUCCAGCGAGAUCUCUCACAAAAAUAUGGGAUUAAAGCCUUGAAAUAUUUAUCAGUUGAUUAAUAGUUUCAAAGGCAGAAUCAUAUAAUUCAUUAACAGUGGUGAUAAGAAGGGAGUUUAACUCUUGUUAGAAAGAAAAAGAAACCAAGAUCCUUAGAAAAAACAUUAAAAAAUUGGUAAUUUCCAUUAUCUCAGAAUUUAGUCAAUGUUUGUUUGAAUAAAGAAAUUGUCAUAAUGAUUUGGUUUUGUCAAGGCUCUGGCAUGCUGGUAUGUAAUAUAUAAAGCUAAGGUACCUGUAGCUAGAUGAAAUUAAUCAAAAUAUUAAAUGUACAUAUAAGACAUACAAAGUGCCAUACAGUCGUAACUCAUAAGAGAAUAAAGUUGGGCACACAACUGACCAGCACAGAGUCUGCAAUUUUAUAUUUCUCGAUAUUUAGUGUUACUUAGGUUGUGUUUUAAGGUCAGUACUGAAAUGUUAUUUAUGGCAUUAUUCUAUAGAUUUUUGAUGUGAAUAAUUUUGUCAUUGUUUUCUUGUGUAUUUCGUGAUUGUGAUAACUAUUGACUACCUAUGUGUUCACUUUUCAUAUUGUUAAGAUUUUUUGGUUUGAGUAACAUUCUCAGAUUGUACUUUGUGUAAAAUUCGGUCACUUUGAUUCUAUUUGUAAGUUAUUAAAACAAUGUGUGUAUCAAUAACUGGUAUAAGACAAGUCAGUUUGGUUGUUACAGAUAAACCAUAUAUUGUCAGACACUUUUUUUUAUAGUUAAUACAAUUAUCAUAUUCUAUUUUAAGCAUAAUUUUGGAUUAUAUAAUGAUUUUUUUUCUUGGUUCUUGGGUUUAUUUACCAGAUCUGAAUAUGUUGUCCUAUAUGGUGAGAUUUGUGAUGGUUGUUAUCCCCCGCCGAUGGA